AUGCUUCGAAGCAUAGUGUGCACAAUUGUGCAAAGGCAAACUGCUGCAGCACAAUGCAUCGUGCCGGUUGCAAGGAUGUCCCAGUACGGGCCACACUUCAUCGAACCGAUCGUGAGCAGGGAAAAAAUCGAAGAACUACAAACGACGGGCGAUUUGUCGAAAAUAUCGCACGUACCCAUCAAGGCCGCCCUCAACAACCAGAACUGUUCCGUGUUCUACGAUCCACUGGUCAGCCAGUUCACAAAUUAUGUAAUGAAACAGGGCAACAAGCAGCUUGCCCGCGAGCUGGUAGAGAAAGGUUUUGAAAACAUCAAGCGACUACAGCUGGAACGGUACCAUUUGUCUGAAUCGGAAGAGGAAAAGGCAAAGCUGGAGCUAAACCCACGGAAAUUGCUUCACCUGGCGGUAGAGAAUUGUCGCCCCCUACUGCAGUUGACACCGAUUAAGCGUGGUGGUGUGCGGUAUCAGGUACCGGUACCGAUUACGGAAAAACGAUCGUACUUUAUCGCGAUGAAGUGGUUGCUGGAAGCGAUUCGGGAAAAGGAACGUACGAUACACUUGCCGGAAAAAAUGGCAUGGGAAAUAUUGGAUGCGGCCGCCAACCAGGGGAAGGUGGUAAAGCGGAAACACGAGCUACAUCGUCAGUGUGAGGCUAACCGUGCCUAUGCUCAUUACCGUUGGAGCUAA